CAACCGGAGCUGUGUCACACAAGCCCGGCAGCCCAGCGGCCAUGGCGUCUUACUUCGACGAGCACGACUGCGAGCCGUUGAACCCCGAGCGGGAGGCCCGCAACAAUAUGUUGCUGGAGCUCGCGAGGAGAGUGCGCGGGGCUUGGAGCUGGGCCCCGGGGAGCAGAUCCCUCUUUAAUAGGAUGGACUUUGAGGACUUGGGAUUGGUAGACUGGGAACACCACCUGCCUCCACCAGCUGCCAAGGCUGUCGUGGAGAGCCUCCCCAGAACAGUCAUCGGUCGCUCCAAGGCUGAGCUCAAGUGCCCUGUGUGUCUUUUGGAAUUUGAGGAGGAGGAGACUGUCAUUGAGAUGCCCUGCCAUCACUUCUUCCAUUCCAACUGCAUUCUGCCCUGGCUAAGUAAGACAAAUUCGUGCCCCCUGUGCCGCUAUGAGCUGCCCACUGAUGAUGACAGCUAUGAAGAGCACAAGAAAGACAAGGCUCGGAGGCAGCAGCAGCAGCACCGACUGGAGAACCUCCAUGGAGCCAUGUACACGUGAGGCAGCAGCUAGGGCUGAGAGCUCAGGCUCUAGGACAUCUUUCCUUUUGUACUUUGACUCUUCAUUAAAGGUUUUUUCCCCCAGCCUGCAGCUGCACUGCUCACCAGCUGGAGCAGGAACUCUGCAUCCUCCACCCUGCUGCUAACGAGAAAGUUGUCAAAGGUGUCAUGGCAGAAGGCGCCAGGCUGCAUUGCCCUCUCUGCUAGCCUCUAGCCUCUGGAUGGUGGCCAGGGAGCAGCCAGGGCUUGGGUUUGAGUUUUCUGUUAGAAGUCAAACUGUUUCAGAGCCAGGUGCUUUGUAGCAUUUAAAACUGAUAAACUUAACUUGUACCACCCCCUUCCGGAACUCUCUAGUUAACCUUGGAACCUUUAGUUAACACUGGAAUCCUGGGGGUGUUCUUUAUUUCAACAGAGAAACCUUUCAACAUUUGUAAAAAGUGCUCUCUGUAUCCCACCCCUGGAGGUCCCCUUAUCAAGGAAACAAAGUUCAAGCUAGACUGAGUAGAAGUGAGGCUACAAAGCCAAGCCAGUUCUUCAGCUGUUUAGAGACUUAUAAAGGGGGACAAACGCUUGUGGAGGUUUUGAAAGUGGGCUUCUCUGUGUAACCCUGGCUGGCUUGCAACUCACUGUACAGACCAGGAUGGCAUCUCCUGGUCCAUCUCCCAGUGCUGGGAUUACUGCUAUGUAUGUACCACCAUGCUCAGACCUUUGUGAUAUAUUUGAAUGGCACCUGUCACUCUUAGUUCCUGGCAACCCCCAAGAAUCUUCCCUGGACAAAAGGGCGUCUUUCCAUCCCUACCUACUGGAUCAGACCCUCCCUGAGUCUCCAGAACAGACUGCAAACAUGCAAAUUAGAAUUCUUUUAAUAGAUAUAAAAAAGUACUAAAAUA